AUUGACUUAAACGUCCUCUGAUUGUUACCUUACCUCUAGAAUUAACCCGUCGCUGAUUUACCAUGCGUUUCAUAGACCUGCCGCCGAAGAAAACAUUGUAACAAAUGUAACAACAUUUGUAACAAGAACAAUAGCCUAAUUCUUAAAAAGUUUGGGGUCGAGUUGGCUUUCAUGAGAAACUUUAAGCAGGCGCGUGUGUGGUUCUGUGCGUUGCUUUUUCUAUUAUUUUUAUCUGAGAAAUACCAUGUCCCGAUCUAACAGUGUUAGCCCGCCCGGAGUCGGUGCGCCUGGGCUGAGGGGAGGGACUGAACUGAGAUCAGCUUGGGGCGAGUCUGAGUAUAUUGCCAACGGAUGCCCAUACUCGGCUAGAUCUCCGAGCAAAAAGCUCGCCCGUUCGAACAGCAGAUGGACUGAAGGAGAUGAUGAUCCCGACCGACAGCCCAGACCAGGACGAGCCACGACAAUGGUUAGCAGGGUCAGUUUUAGGUCUAGGUCUGCGUGGCAAGAGCAUGGCACUGGAGAGGAGAGCCGAAAAAACAACCGAUCGUCCCCUAAACACGCAGAUGGAGCCGUGGAAGUGAGACCCAUAUCGGUGGAGUUGGGCUUGGAGGACCGUAGAGUGAAGGGCACCAAACCCGAGGAGGAGGAACUCAUGCCCGAAGUUCACAUUUCCAUGGUCGCGUGCUGCAGCAGCAUGAUGCAGAUUUUCAGAUCCAAGAAAUUCCAAUCGGAGAAGUUGGAGAGGCUGUACCAGCGUUACUUUUUCCGGCUCAACCAGAGCAGUUUGACUAUGCUCAUGGCCGUUUUGGUGCUCCUGUGCGCGGUCAUGCUGACAUUCCAUUGCGCGGGGGGAGGAUGCCGGAUAGCUUACGUUGUGGUCUUUUCCUUGGCCAUCUUACUUAUCCUCAUCUUGAUGGUGGUGUGCAAUCGGAACGGGUUUCAUCAGGAUCACAUGUGGAUAGUCUGCUAUGUGGUCAUUCUAGUCGUGCUGGUAUUACAAGUGAUCGGGGUCCUCCUCGUACAUCCGCAAAGUGCCUCUGAGGGAAUUUGGUGGACAGUGUUUUUUAUCCAUGUCAUUUACACACUGCUCCCGGUUCGGAUGCGGGCUGCGGUUAUCACUGGAGUUAUACUGUCUGCCAUCCAUGUGGUCGGGUCUUGGAAGUUAAACGAAAAGGAUGCCUUUGUAUGGAAGCAGACUCGGGGGCCGCCACCGAUGAAACCGGGGGUGCCUAAGCCAGCUCGUCGGGCUUCCACGCCCUUGCUGGCUCGAGAGGUUUCCAUGCCUCGGUUGGUUCGGCAGGUUCCCAUCCCACGUCAUGCUUCAGCCGGCCCAUUGGGUUUCUACGCCGCAACGGGAUCUUCAGGUCUUCAUGCCUCAGCCGGUUCGCCAGGCUCCUACGCCUCAGCCGGUUCGCCAGGCUCCCAUGCCUCUGCCGGUUCGUCGGUGGGGGGGUACUGCUCCCGCUCCUCCUCCCUGGCGCUCGAGGGUGCAAUCGAUGGCGAUUGCGUUAUCUGUGCAUCUGUUGGGGCGAUAGUGUCCAACGUCCUGAUCUUCUCCUGUACUAACAUCGUUGGCGUGUGUACCCACUACCCAGCCGAGGGCUCCCAGAGACAAGCCUUCCAGGAGACCAGGGAAUGCAUACAGGCUCGCCUCCACUCACAGAGGGAGAACCAGCAGCAGGAGCGUCUCCUGCUCUCCGUGCUUCCCCGUCAUGUUGCCAUGGAGAUGAAAGCUGACAUUAACGCCAAGCAGGAAGACAUGAUGUUUCACAAGAUCUACAUCCAGAAGCACGACAACGUCAGGUACCAGUCACCACUGACGUCAUCAGGGAGAAGAGGGACACAUGCAGUCAGUGCCAUGCUCUAA